GAGCCUUCUUCCUGUUUCCGCGCGUGCAGUCAGAGGAGCCCGGUAGUGUUACGGCGCAUGCGUAUGCUGUAGUCUAGGGACGAGAGAAAUAUAGCCCUUCUACAGAUGUGCAUGUGGAGAUACUGCGUGGUAGUAACAAUAUCAUAUUACAAAUAAAUUCCUAGUUAAGAAGAUCUUGACCAGUUUAUCACGUCUUUGGAGAGGUUGAUGGCUUGAUUUGGCAGGAUCUCGCCUGAGACGGACAGUCAGCUUCAGCCAUUCAGGGACACAGGGAUUCGUAGAAUGGAUGGGAGGGACAGCGCGACCUGCCCAAUCAGAAGCGGGCAUUCGAUUUCCUUGCAUCUCUUCGAGUUCCUGCUCGAUUAGGAUGCCGCUGCAGGAGCAGAAAGCGAGCACAAGAAGCUGCCACAUACUGAGUCAGACACAUGGUCUGUCAAGACAACUAAUGGGUCCUUAGUGCUCUGUAGUUAUAGCCCUUGCCUUGAUGUGUUUUGGAAGCUGAUACAUGCUGCACACUUAGCAUCAGGAAGCCUGAAGUCAGUGGAGAGUGAAAAGUCAACCUUCUGUGUGGUUUGUGCUGGAGGCCCAUCUCAUCAUGGCCCUUACUCUUGAAACAGAAUCCCAGAUCUAUCGCUCUCUCAGGGCUGUCUUUGGUGCUGCUGCACACUUCGUCUCAGUUGGAUUUACAGUCUUUGUAGCUGUGGUUGCGAGACCUGGAUCAAGCCUUUUCUCCUGGCAUCCUCUCUUAAUGUCGCUAGCGUUUUCCUUACUGAUGACAGAAGCCCUGCUGGCUUUCUCUCCAGAGAGCUCUCUUCUCCGGCCCUUCUCCCGCAAGGCCAAGAUCCGCUUCCACUGGGCUUUGCAGCUGCUUGCCCUCAUCUGCGCAGUGCUGGGCUUGGCUUUCAUCAGCUACAACAAGUACAUCAAUGGGAAAGCCCACUUUGCCACCUGGCACAGUCUGACUGGCUUGUUGACUGUACUGUAUGCUAGUAUACAGUGCAUGGGGGGGCUGGUUCUGCUCUACCCAAAGCUGAUAAAGAACUGGAAGCUGGCCAAACUGAAACUCUACCAUGCCACAUCAGGGCUGAUUGGGUAUCUACUUGGCUGUGCCAGUCUAAUGCUGGGCAUGUGUUCUCUGUGGUUCACCACAUCUGUGACAGGAAUCUCCUGGUAUCUGUCUAUGCUCAGCCCUGUCCUCACCAGCCUGGUUAUCAUGAGCCAGGUGAGCAAUGCUUACCUCUACCGCAAAAGAAUUCAGCCAUGAAAGCCAUCCUGGAACAACCGUCCUGAGAUGCCUUGACUAUUUCUUGCAUUGCCUUUGAGUCCAUGGCCCUGCAAGGCACUGAAACUGGAGAAUUCCUUUUUACUUGCCUGUUGCUUUAUACAGUCUUUUAUAAUCUGGAUUUCUAAUACUUCAAAUGCCCAUAAUGUUGAACCCAAGAUCGUUGGCACCUUCAGUAUCUAAGCAGUAUUUCCUUCUGUGUGACUAUCUCUGGAGAUUUGUCCUUACAAAGGAUGAGCGUUAGCCUCUUUGGAACCUGUUGCUGCUAGAAGACCAAUGUAGCCGCUGCUCAGUUUUCUACCCAGCCAUCAGAAUCUAAAGGAGUCCGAUCCAAUAUGUAGACUUGCAACUCAUCUUAGCCUCUGCUGCAUUAGUGGAAAACCAAUAGAAACUUGUAACAUUCCUUCUGUGUGAGCAAAGUGGUGGAAAGGGCUGGCAUUUCCCUUUUCAGAUACUUUUUUUAAUAAAUAAAAAUGCUUUACAGUUA